AUGAAGCUUUUGUCAUUAAGCUUACUUCCCGUUGAAGAAGUGCAGAGGAAAAAGAAAACUUAUUCCGAAAAGAAAUGUAGAAAAAUUCAUGAAAUCGUUGGCUUAACUCCAAGGCCGACUAUUAUAGUGAGCCUGAUCUGCGACCAUCAUGUUCAAGAUGAAGAAGUUGAAUGUCGCUGCUAUGCUUUAGUCGGCUUAAAUGAAAAAUAUGAAUUGAAAAAGUUACGAAGGAAAUUCCACUCUUCAAACUUUUCAUUGUAA